UGAUUGAAAAGCUUUUUUCGCGCUUUUUUAAAAAAUCAUUGUACACUUAUAAAUCCAUUUAAAUAUUGUAAAGAAAUGAAUUAAGAUGACUAAGCUUUUAUAAAAAACCUAUAGAUCUGAAGGAAACUUAGUAAACAUAAGUAAUAAUGGCGCAAGAGAACCGGGUUGUUGUGCUGAUCGACAUGGAUUGUUUUUAUUGCCAAGUAGAGGAAAAACUGAAUCCAGAGCUGGCAGGGAAACCUAUAGCUGUUGUGCAGUAUAACCCCUGGAAGGGUGGCGGGAUUAUAGCGGUAAACUAUGUGGCUAGAGCGAUGGGAGUGACACGUCACAUGAGGGGAGAUGAGGCCAAGGAGAAAUGUCCAGAAAUUCAGCUCCCUUCAGUACCCUGCCAGAGAGGCAAAGCUGAUAUUUCGAAGUAUAGAGAUGCUGGUAAAGACGUGGCUAAAGUAUUACAGAAGUUUACUACUUUGCUGGAGAGGGCUUCUAUAGAUGAAGCCUAUUUGGAUAUAACUGCUCCUGUACAAGAAAGGCUAAAAACUAUAAAUGUGAACUCUGUAACAACAGAUCUUAUCCCAAACACAUAUGCACUGGGGUAUGACAGUGUGGACCAAUUCAUAGACGAUAUCCACAACUGUGGUUGUGACUCCAUUGACUUUGACUAUGAGCAUGCAAAAGAGCUGUUAGUUGGGGCAAUUAUUGUGAGCGAAAUUAGAGCAGCUGUGUAUGAAGAAACUGGUUACAGAUGUUCAGCUGGAAUAGCACAUAACAAAAUCCUAGCAAAACUUGUUUGUGGCAUGAACAAACCCAACAAACAAACCAUUUUGCCUAAACAUUCUGUGAAUAUGCUGUACAGUACUUUAUCAGUGAAGAAGGUAAAACACCUUGGGGGAAAAUUUGGAGAUACUGUUUGUGAUCUUUUAAAAAUAAAAAACAUGAUUGACCUACAAGUUUUUACUGAAAAAGAUUUGCAAGCUAAGUUUGAUGAAAAAAAUGGGACAUGGCUCUACAAUAUAGCUAGAGGAAUUGAUUUAGAACCAGUACAGGCAAGAUUCAACCCAAAAAGUAUAGGUUGCUGUAAACAACUUAGAGGAAAGAGUGCUCUUGUGGAUUUAGAUAGCCUGAAAAAGUGGCUCACCGAUCUGGGCGACGAAAUUGAAGACCGACUAGAGAAGGAUGCGCUGGAAAAUAACAGAACACCAAAGCAGAUGGUUGUGAGCUUCUCUACAUCACUGCCUGAUGGAAGAGAUAUCAGCAGUUCCAGAUCAUAUAACUUUAUAGCUGAAGAUGAACUAUGUGGAGAGCUGUUUACUAAAAAGGCAUUGGAAUUAGUUUUGGAUACUACAGAGGGAUUAAAGAUUAAAGAUGCUGAGGGAAAUCGACGAUUAAAGGCGCCAAUAAAAUUUCUAGGAAUUAGUGUGGGAAAAUUUGAGGAUAACACAGAAAGCAAAAAAACAAAACGAAUAGUUGACUAUUUUUGUGCUGGUCCAUCUAAAGAUGCAGCCAAAACAAAGGAAAAUGAUAAGACCAAUGAUAAAGCUCUUACUGCUGAUAAGAAACCAAUAAAUAAAAAUGAAGCCAAAGAAUAUAUUUUAAACAAAUUUUUCCAAAUCACAAAUAAAACACUAAAUAAAGAACCGACGGCACAUGUUAAUAAAAAUGACGAUAGUAAAGAAGUUGUUGUAGAAUCAACCCUUGAGAAACAAGAAUCGUUUUUUGCAAAGUUCCUUAAUAAAAAUACAACUCAAUUUACUGAAGAUCCUACACCCUCUGUAACUGAAUCUGCUAAGAAAAUUCAUCCACCAACGCCUGUUUGUGAUGUAAUCAACUGCGGCGAUAAUAGUAAUGAUACUGCAUAUUCAGGGUCCACAAUUAAUGAGGAAAUCAACAAAAGUGUUGCUCUGUUUGAAGAAGAUCCUGCUGAUGUAGAUCGCGUUAGUAAUAUGAGGCAACUACUAAAUUCAACAAUGAUACCAGACGUCAUGGAAACCAAUGAAGUACCUGACAAUGAAGAAUCUCAUGGUGAUGAUGCUACUGAUAUGAAUACAGAUACAGAGCCAAAUAACCUAAUAGAUACAAUAACUUGUUCAGAAUGUGGUAAGACUAUCGAAAUGGAUAAAUUUGACACGCACGCUGAUUACCAUCUCGCGCUGAGGCUUAGAGAUGAAGAGAGGCAUCAAGUACGAUUAGAAAGGAAAGAAAGAUUUGCAGAGAAAACAGUAUCACAAAACCCAGAAUCUAAAACCAAAAUACCUGUUACAGAUCAGUCGAAUGAUAAAGUUGAACCAACAUCUAUAGCCAGCUUUCUUGUGAAGAUUGAUAAUACAACUCCAUCAGAAAGGUGUUCAGAGUGUGGUAAAAGAGUGCCUAUAGAAAAAAUCUCAGAGCAUUCAGAUUUCCAUGAAGCACAAAGAUUAAGCAGAGAGCUCAAUAAAAAACCCAACCCUAUACUAAUCACAGGGAGUGCUGUAAAAAGAAAAAGGAAAUCUGCAUCUCCAGUUAAAAAGCCUAAAGUACCAUGUAAAUCAAUAGCAUCUUUCUUUAGAAGCUCAGAUUGAUAUUAAUACAUCACUAAUGAACUAACAAAUGCAUAUCAUUUAUUGCUUUCCCCAAUAAAAUAAUUUGCGUUAAUUUACAAGACAUUAUGACUUUCGUCUAAAAGAAGUUUAUAGCAACAACAAUAAACAAAAAUAACAAUGUUAUAGCCUGACCAGGAACAUAAAAACCCUCGCCAUGUUGCGGAAAACUAAUGGUACUAAUUUCUUUUAAUGGCAACAGUAACUGAAAACUUCAUUGACAUGUCACCUUGCAUGUCAGUCUAUUGCUGUCAAAGUGUAAACAAACUUUAUUUUAAAUGUGCGCAAUUGAUUUUGUGAAUGAAAUUGCUAAAAUCUUUUUAUAGUCGUGAAAGAAAAGUGGUUCACAAUGUGUUAAAGUAUUUGUCGAAGAGAAAUACCAAGGGUUGGACAAUAUUUUCAUUGAAUAAUGUUUCCAACAAAGGUUGUCAAAUUGACUGACAUGUUUAUCGUAUAGUAGGUACAGUCCACUAUGAAAAUUAGCUGUGGUUUGUUUCAACUACCUAUUUUAAAGUUUUUGUCACUUUCUAAGUGUUGAAUUUUAUGGAAUUGGGAAAGAAGUACCGAGUUUAAAGCGUUCAUGAGCAGACAUUGCAGUUGAAUAUUCAAGUUCUGAAUUUGAUUAUUGAUGAAUAAUAAAAUAAAUCCUACUAGCUCGA